UGUUUGGGUGCACGUAUGCGCUUGGACACGGAUAUAUCCUGCUUGCUCUCAACGGGUGUUCAACAGUCUACGCGCACUCGUAACUUGCUCAUGAGGCAAGUUGCUGUUGUGCUGGAGCUGGGAAGAGGUCUGCUGCCUGCAAUGGGUCCAUCUCUCUCAAGUUAUCGCAGUAUUGUAGCUCUCAAAGUUCAAAAAAGUAUGGUGGAAGCUGUUGCCAGGGUUCCGACCAGAAAAGACAGCCAGUAUAAAAGGGUCCACACCACUGAUCUCUACUACAGGGCAUGGACAGCACAUCAAGCACCCUCGACUGAAGCCAACCUUGUCCCGGAAGUUGGUGCUUCACAACUGUGCGGAGCACUUCGUUUGCACGGCCUGUGGAGACAAGGUUUCUUAGACAUGGCCAUGGCCCUCAAGGAAGAUGCCGAGGCCACAGGCAGUUCCUCCAGUGACCGUGAAAAGGUCCCCUGGGGCACAAGUCUAAUUUGGCACCCCUACCUUUCUCCUGCAGCUUUUCUGUCUACUUAGCUAACCAGCAGCAAGUUUAUCCUUGCAAGCAUUUUGGGUCAAGAACAACUUUCACCAGGAAGGAGUGCAAGACAAGUGAUUGAAGAAAAUAAAG